AUGUCGCGCCUAAUUUACCUUAGUGUUCUUUUAGUAAUACAUUUUGUUGCGGCAAAUCCUGAUGUUAGUGGAUCUGAAGCAAAUGUGUUUCAGACUGUGAGUGAAAAACAAAUGGAAGAUUCUUUUUUAAAGAAAUUGAAUUUGAAGUGCUCACAACGAGAUAAUAGUUCAUGUAUUAUGUUAAAAUUGGUAACGUAUAUGAAUCGUAUGUUGAAAAAAUCUUCCAUUGCUUUGGAUGGUAACGUUGAGUUAAUACAAACAAGAACCACUUAUGAAAAAGAAGAUCCAUAUGUUUAUGCUCGUGCUCAAGGAUCAGAUGAAGCAACAUUGGGCGUUAUACUGGCAGACAAAUUAUGGACUUUUUUCAAAAGCAGAUCUUUGAAAUGGAAACCAGCCGAAGUUAUGGAUUUCAUAAUGAGCUCAAACGAAAAAGGAAAGCUUAACUUUGAAUUGUCUCUGAAUACAGAAAAAAUAUAUGAGGAAGGUCGUGGAAAAAUGAAAAAUUCAGGACAUAUUGUUGGAGCACUUGUGGCAAAAGCUGCUCUUGUAGGUGCGUUGAUUUUUAAAGGAUUAGUUCUUUUAGUAGGAAAAGCUUUGGUAGUGUCCAAACUUGCAUUUUUACUAGCCAGUAUUCUAGCUAUUAAAAAAUUGUUAAACAAAAAGCACAUUACUUAUGAAGUAGUGGCACAUCCAGUUCAUGAUCACCAUCACGAACAUCCAGUUAGUGGAUGGGGACGUGCCCUUGAUGUUUUUAUUGAGAAUGCUUUAAAUAACAUAAAUCCUGACGGGGAUAAGAUCGCUUUUGAAGGACAAAAACCAUAG